AUGGAUACCCAAAAUCUUGAACCAAUUGCCAUUAUCGGCAGCUCUUGCAGGUUCCCUGGCGGGGCAUCUACGCCCUCCAAACUGUGGAAGCUGUUGCAUUAUCCCCGUGAUGUCCUUUGCCCAAUUCCCGCCGAGCGAUUUGACCCAGCCGGCUUCUAUCAUCAAAAUGGUGAACACCAUGGUACUUCAAACGUGCGUCAUUCAUAUCUCCUGGAAGAGGACCCGUGUGUCUUCGACGCCCCCUUCUUCUCUCUGAAUGCCCGCGAGGCAGAGGCCAUGGACCCCCAGCACCGCGUCUUGCUGGAAACUGUAUAUGAAUGCUUAGAGAAUGGAGGAACCAGCAUUCAAGACCUUCAAAGCACCCAGACGGGGGUCUACGUUGGCCUCAUGACCAACGACUACCACGACAUCCACCUCCGUGACAUGGAAACAAUUCCCAAAUACAGCGGCACAGGCACCACGCGAAGCAUCCUCAGCAACCGUGUCUCGUAUUUCUUCAACUGGAAGGGCCCUAGUAUGACAAUUGAUACAGCUUGCUCAUCAUCUCUGGUUGCCGUCCAUCUGGCGGUACAAAGUCUGCGAUCAGGAGAGACCCCUGUGGCGAUUGCAGCUGGUGCGAAUUUGAUAUUCGGACCCGAAAUGUACAUUAUUGAAUCAAAGCUGCACAUGCUCUCACCUCAGGGCCGAUCCCGAAUGUGGGACGACAAGGCAGACGGAUACGGACGUGGAGAAGGUGUUGCUGCAGUAAUGCUGAAAACACUGUCAGCCGCCAUCCGCGAUGGAGAUCACAUCGAGUGCAUUAUUCGCAACACUGGUGUCAAUCAAGAUGGUCGCACCCCUGGAAUUACUAUGCCAAGUCCUCUCAGCCAGGAGGCAUUGAUCCGCGACACAUACCGUGAUGCCGGCCUCGACUUGACUCGAAAAGAAGAUCGUCCACAAUUCUUCGAGGCCCACGGGACCGGAACGCCUGUCGGUGAUCCUCUUGAAGCAGAGGCAAUCCAUCGUGCCUUCUUUGGAGACCAAGCCAUGCCUUCGGUUGACGAACCAAACAUCCUCCAUGUUGGCGGAAUCAAGACUGUCAUUGGACAUCUAGAAGGUGCCGCAGGAUUGGCAGGUCUGCUCAAGACAUCGUUGGCACUCCAGCACAAGGUCAUUCCACCCAAUAUGCAUCUGGACCAGUUAAAUCCCAAAGUGGUCCCUUUUACAAAGAACUUGCGCAUACCACAGCAACCAAUCGCAUGGCCUACUGUCUCUGAUGGAGCCGUACGCCGUGCCAGUGUGAACAGUUUCGGGUUCGGUGGUACCAACGCCCAUGCCAUCCUGGAGAGCUACGAUGUCGACCGAGAUGAGACCUCACCCGAGCCAUCUCUCUCGCUAGGAGUCACGCCGUAUGUAUUCUCUGCCAACUCAGACUCAUCACUAGUCGGUUCAGUGAAGGCGUUUAUAGCUCAUGUGGCAGAAAUAGACAUUUCUGCACGCCUUCUGGAUUUAGCAUGGACAUUACAAACCAAGAGAACCGAACUCCCAAUCCGAAAGAGCUUUUCAGGGGCAACCAAGGAACAGCUUCUCGAGAACAUGCGUAAUGCUGUCUUAGCCGUGGAGAAGACCCCAACAGCUGUUUUUGGGACUAAAGCGCUGGCCCUUGGCCAAAAUCCUAAAAUAUUGGGAGUCUUCACGGGGCAGGGAGCACAGUGGCCAUCUAUGGGCGCGGAACUUCUACGCACAUCCAAGAGAUUUGCCGAUUCCAUCCAAACAAUGGAGCAAUCUCUUGAUGAGCUAGCCGAUGGCCCGGAGUGGUCGCUCCACCAGGAGAUGAGUGCGGCCGGAUCCAACUCCAAAGUCCAUUUGGCCCAGAUCUCCCAACCAUUGUGUACGGCGGUACAAAUCGCGUUGGUCGAUCUUCUGCGUGACGUAAAUGUCCAAUUUUCUGCAGUCGUGGGCCACUCGUCUGGUGAGAUUGGUGCUGCUUAUGCUGCGGGUAUCAUUUCCCUCCAAGACGCCAUCCGCGUAGCAUACUAUAGGGGUGUGCACGCCAAACAUGCUGCUGGUACAUUAUCCCAAGGAGGUAGCAUGAUGGCUGUAGGAACAUCAUUUACUGAAGCUCAAGAACUGUGCAAUGAUACCCAAUUCUGUGGGCGCUUGGUCGUGGCAGCGAGCAAUGGGCCUUCAACCGUGACAAUUUCCGGAGAUAAGGACGCGAUUGACGAGCUCAAGGCCCAGCUUGAUCAGAAAGGUACCUUUGCUCGUGUCCUCAAGGUCGAUAAAGCCUACCAUUCACACCAUAUGCUGCCAUGCGCUGCUCCCUAUCUGAACUCACUGAACGGCUGCGGCAUUCAAGUCGAGCCUCCAAAUGGUGCUUGCUGGGUUUCGAGUGUUCAUGGCGAGACCAUGCGCUCAGGAAGCACUGGAUUUGAAGAGCUUUCAGGAAAGUACUGGAUUGAUAAUAUGGCACAGCCUGUUCUAUUCUCCCAAGCCGUUGAAAAGGCCGUGCUGGACCAUGGCCCGUUCGAUGUCGCUAUUGAAAUUGGACCGCAUGCCGCAUUGAAGGGACCAACAACACAGACUAUCAAAGCAUUGACAGAUGCUACUAUCCCAUAUCACGGCUCACUCAAUCGGGGAGAGCGUGAUGAUAUCGCAUUUUCAUCAUUGGUGGGAUUCCUGUGGGAGCGAUUCGCGUCUCGAGGAGUUCAACUGGGACAAUUCACAGAAUCCCUCACGGAUCGUGCCCCUGCCCUGUGCAAAAAUCUUCCCGGGUACCAAUGGGAUCAUCGACAGCGGUACUGGAAGGAAUCACGUCUGUCAAAAAAUUUCCGACAACGUUCUCGCAGAGUGCAUCAACUCCUUGGAACAGCAUGCUUAGAUAAUGUGGAUGGAUACGAUCUCCGUUGGCGCAACAUUCUUCAUCUCGAUGAGAUGCCCUGGACGCGCGGCCACAAAUUUCAAGACCAGAUCCUUUUCCCAGCAGCUGGCCAUGUGGCCCUUGCUCUGGAAGCAUCGAAAUCGCUCUCCGCUGGCAAAAAUGUCCACCUAAUUGAGCUGGAGAACAUUUCUAUCGGCAAAGCCAUAACACUCGAGGAGUCAGGCCCUGGGGUCGAGAUUCUCUUCUGUUUGAAACGCAUCCAGUCUACGAACACGAAAAUUGUCACAGAUUUUGCCUGUUAUUCAUGCCCUGAUAAUGGCGGCAGAGCCAUGAACCAAUGCUCCAGCGGUCGAAUGACGCUGUUCUUGAGCGAUGAACAGAUUGGCACACAUGUUCUUCCCAAUCUUCUUCCGCCUCGCCCUGAGGCCAUCCCUGGCCUUGUCCCCGUGGAUACUGAGGAUUUCUAUGACUCGAUGAACCAUAUUGGGUUGGACUAUACCGAAAUGUUCCGCAAGAUGGAGAAUAUUUGUCGGUCCAGAAAUUACGCCACCUCCACCACCACUAAGCCAAUGAUGGACCAAGACUAUACCGAGGAGCUGAUCGUGCACCCCGCCCUUCUUGACAUAUGUUUUCAAACGGUGAUUGCAGCCUUUUGCUAUCCAGGCGAUGGCUCCUUCUGGACUCCAUAUCUCCCAACCAGCAUCGAGAGUAUCAGGGUGAGUCCCCUUGCUUGCAUUGGUGAGCAGGAUGAUUCUCGAGUCGACAUCGAGGCAAACAUAACGGAGGAUUCUGCCGUGAGCAUAGUCGGAAGCCUGGGUGCGUAUAGUUCCAACGGGGAGCAGCUCAUCCAACUCGAGGGGCUUAUGUGCCGCUCUUUUGCAAAGGAGACAGCUGCAACUGACCGAUUAUUGUUUGCGGAGACUAUUUGGAAGCCAGCAGUGGCCCCGGUGGAAGAUGGCCUGUCGACGGCAUUGGAGUCACACAAAGAUGACCCAGAGGAACUUGAUGCAGUUGAGACCAAUGAGCGCGUGGCAUUCUACUACCUCCGCACUCUUCUCGAAAAAUUUACUGCAGAGCAAGUGUCGAAGUUUGAAUGGUGGUACCAGCGUCUGUUCGAAUUCGGCAACCAUCUACUUCCAAUUGUGAAGAGCGGUAGCCACCAUUCACUUAAAGCUGAGUGGUUUUCGGACACAUACACCACGGUGCAGGGUCUGGUGAAGAGAUUUCCCGAUCAAAUUGAUUUGCAGUUGGUGAUGGAAGUGGGUGAGAACCUCCCCUCCUACGUGUGUGGCACUGUCCCACUGCUGGAAGUGAUGCUUAAGGAGGAGCGUCUGACACGUCUCUACCAAACUGGACUUGGUGUCCCUCAAGUCAACAGGGAGCUUUCGAACAUUGCAAAGCAGCUUUCCCACCAAUCUCCAAACAUGAAGAUCCUUGAGAUUGGUGCAGGGACUGGCGGUAUGACACUCGACGUAUUGAAGGAGAUUGAUGGGUCUUUCGGAUCUUACACUUUCACUGAUAUUUCCACGGGAUUCUUCGAGAAGGCACAAGCGCGACUGGAGGAAUAUAGCCAUGGAAAAAUGAUCUUCAGUGCACUGGAUAUCGAGAAGGACCCAGUCACCCAGGGCUAUACGGAGGGGUCGUAUGAUGUGAUCAUCGCGUCGAAUGUCCUGCACGCUACUCGUGAGUUGCGGGUAACAAUUGAAAAUACGCGUCGUUUAUUGCGCCCAGGCGGCUACCUUCUGUUGAAUGAGGUUACAGGAGACAUGCUGCGACUGAAGUUUAUCAUGUCCGGUCUGCCAGGCUGGUGGCUGGGUGGUGAUGAUGGCCGUAGAUACUCGCCAACAAUCAAUCCGCUACAAUGGGACCAGAUUCUCAGUGAUUCAGGUUUCUCUGGAGUAGACGUGAUCCGACAGGACUACUUGGACUCUCGCAAGCAUUCUCUCUCUCUCAUUGUGUCCCAGGCCAUUGAUGAGAUGGUAGAGUUCCUGCGAGAGCCACUGCUGUGCCCAUACAUGGCGCCCGAUGUCCAAGAUUUAUUCAUUGUCGGAGGGAAGACCCUUCGCGUUUCCCAAAUGGUCAAGGGGUUGGCAAGCCAACUUCGCAGCUGGAACUCGGAGAUCACCCUCACAGACAGUCUCCUUGCUUUGCAGGAUGCCGCCCCCGAGCCCGGAUUUACUGUUGUGUGCUUGGACGAUCUCGAUGAACCCAUACUGGAGACUACCACACCCGAGAAGCUCAAGGCCCUCCAAUUCCUCUUCUCCAAUGCAAAGCAUGUCCUGUACGUUACUCGGGGUGCCUAUCAAGAUUCGCCUUAUUCAAUGGCAAUCUAUGGGCUUGGCCGUACCAUGACAUUUGAGAACCCGGACCUCAAGUUGCAAUUCCUUGAUAUCGCCCAACAGUCUGAUAUCAAUGCUCGAAUCAUUGCAGAGGAACUACUUCGACUUGUAGCUGCCGAGACAUUGGACGCAUCAUACCUGUGGACACCAGAGCCUGAGGUGGCAUAUGUCUCCUGCCAGAAGCAGAUUCCGCGUGUGGUGUCCAACCGCCAACUCAAUGACAAGUUGAACUCAGAUCGACGCCUAAUCACCGAGUCAGCUAUCGCAUCAGAAUGGCAGAUUGUCAUUGACAACUUGAACGGUGACCUCUCUAGGGGAGUGGCCAGAAAGAGCCUUUUGGCAUCAUCGCCGGCUGAUUCAACGUUCGACGCCCUGUUUUCCCUGGUGCACCCAAUGAAGGGCACGGAUGGCCGUCCACAGUUUCUAUCUGUUGGUAAAAUGCACAACUCGUCCCAGGUUGUGGCUGCUGUCACCUCAGAGCUUGCCUCCAGCACAGUGGUCUCCGCGAGCAACCUUCUCGUCCUUCCACAGCAGCAAAAUUUGGAUAUGCCAGACGUACUCAGAUUAUCUAGCAUGUGGCUCCAGGCACAAAAGCUUAUGUCACUCACUCCAUCUUUGGGCCGUAUCAUUCUACAUGAACCUGAUAUGAUGUUCGCCGGUCUUGCACGGUCACUGGCGAUGGAAUCAGGAAUCGAGUUGACUUUCACGACGACAGACCCCACAGUACGAAAGACAAAAUCGUGGCUCUUGUUGCACCCAUACGGGCCAAAGUCUCAAUUUAGCGGGGACAUAUGGACCAGGGCAAAUGUGUUCAUCAGCUUCACACCGAUCCCAGAGCAGCUGCAUGCUCAAAUUGCAGGCCGGCUAGGAGACCGAUGUCUUGUUCUCUCAACUAACCAGCUCCAGCCUUUCCCCUCCAACGCCCUACAGGGAGUUGAGACUAUCUUUAGGGCUGUGGCAUGGGCAUGCACCCAACCGGCAGAGGAGGACUCUACCACUGGGCUUGUGGUUAAUAUCAAAGAACUGGACUCUGAUCACGUCGUAUCUCGUCUCCAGGAUACAUUUGCGGUUGUCGACUGGACGGCAAACUCACCAGUCACGGUGCACGUUCGCCCAACGGUGACUGACGGCUUGUUCUCGGCUCAUAAAACGUACAUCUUGUUCGGGCUCAGCGGUGAUAUUGGUCGCUCAGUCGCGGAUUACAUGGCGGACCAUGGUGCGCGUCAUAUUAUUCUAACUAGUCGUCGUCCUCCGAAUGUGGAAGGCUGGGUGGAGCGGCUCAAAGACCGGGGCGCUACUGUGAAGUUGCUCGCAAACGACAUCACGAACAAAGAGCAGACUAAGGCCCUCAUUGAGCAAGUCAAGACCACCAUGCACCCGAUCGGAGGAGUCGUGAACGGCGCUAUGGUACUUCAGGACAAGCUUUUCUCGAAUAUGGAUAUCGAGGACUGGAAUGCCGCUGUGAAACCGAAGAUUGACGGAUCUCGUCACUUGGACGAGUGUUUCUCUACUGACCAGUCCUUGGAAUUUUUCAUCAUGCUCUCUUCACUCGCCAGCGUGAUCGGUAACAGCGGGCAGUCGAACUACAAUGCUGGAAACAUGUAUUGCUGCGCCUUGGCUGCCAACCGCCGAAAGCGAGGACUGGCCGCUUCGGUCAUUGAUAUAGGAAAGAUUGUGGGAAUUGGAUAUGUCGCCCGCAACCAAAAAGCUGUGAUUUCACUACGUUCUCACAAGUUCCAGCCCAUAUCCGAGCCACUAUUUCACCACAUGUUCGCCGAGGCCGUUAUCUCAGGGCGACCUGGCUCGGGCCGUCAGCCCGUGUUGACUAGUGGCAUGCAGAAGCGUCUGGGUCUUGCAGAGGAGGACUCAGCACCUCCUUUGUGGCUAAGCAAUCCCCGCUUCUCUCACAUGAAGUGGGAGGAUAAGAAAGUGCUGGCCGGAGACGCGAACGCCUCGGCAUCUCCCAGAAUCCCUGUGAUGGAUCAACUCAAGGCGGCCUCACAGGCUGACCAAGCUGAGUCGAUCCUUUGUACUUCGUUCGCCAGUCGUCUCGCAACCAUACUGCAGAUGUCGGUCGAUUCAGUCGCCCAAGACACCCCAUUGGUGGAUGUCGGAAUCGACUCUCUCAUUGCGGUAGAGGUGCGCUCCUGGUUUCUCAAGGAGCUGAAUGUGGAUGUGCCAGUACUGAAGGUUAUCGGCGGCUCGUCAAUUCGGGACAUAUGUCGCGAUGUUUUGGGCAAGUUGUCUCUCACUUUCGAGACUUCUGACUCUCAGGACAGCCCACCGGCAGCUAGCCCACCGGUGAUGAGCGUAACAAUGGUUGAGAAAGAAAAGAAUUCUAUUGUGGAUGUGGUGGAAAUUAUACAGUCGAAUGCCGAGACAUUUACUCAAGAUGAGCUUGAAUCAAGUAUCGAUCUUUCUCUUGCCACACCAUCCAACGAAUCAGUGACCGAGUACAGGAGCAUCCCUACACCUGGGUCAAGUGCAGAUACUGAAGGCGAGUCAGCCAACUUUGAUGUCGCGAGCUGCAUGGGAGAUAAUAUCGCUCCAUCGUCAUUGCAGGCACCUGCAGCAAUUAGAACAGCCCCCCUAUCUCACGCUCAAGAGAGGAUGUGGCUUGCGCAUCGGUAUAGUGAUGACCCCUCGGCAUACAAUGUGGCAUUUGCCUGGAAACUGCAAGGUAACUUGGACUGUGACCGCUUUGAAGCUGCAAUCCAAGAAGUUAUUCAACGCCACGAGGCCCUGCAUACAGCCUUUGGAGUCAAUGCAGCUACCGCUGAGCCCGAGCAAUUCACCUUCCAUCCGGAGAACUUUAUACUCGAAAAAAGGCCUAUCGUCCAUGAGAAGGAUGUUCAUGCUCAGUUUCUCGACUUCCGCAACCAUGUGUUUGACCUUGACAACGGCCAGACCUUGAAAGCCGCCAUCCUGCAGCUGUCAAGAAAAGAGCAUGUCUUUAUGCUUUGCUACCACCAUAUAAUUAUGGACGGAAUCAGCCUCCGAACGUUUUUGGGGGAUCUAAAUCAAGCAUAUACAUCGCCAGGCUUUUGGAAACCAGCGCCGCAGUACCUAGAUUAUGCGGUCGCCGAAAGAGAGCAACUCAAAGGCCAGGCCAUGAAGGAAGACCUCGAUUACUGGAAACAGCAAUUCGAAUCACCGGUCGGAUGUCUUCCUCUGCUACCGUUAUCUCGAGUUCAAUCUCGACCCCCCCUGCGCAUCUCCGAGAGCUUCACAACCCAUGCUUUCAUCAAGCAAGAGACAGUGGCUAAAGUGAAGGCGUGCAGUCGACAGUCUGGAUCAACCUCCUUCCACUUCUAUGCCGCAGCCUUGCAGGUCCUUCUCUUUCAACUCCUUGAUGGCUCGGUCGACGACUUUUGUAUCGGAAUUGCCGACGCAAACCGAUACGACGACCGAUAUGUGGACGCCGUGGGAUUCUGUCUAAACUUGCUCCCAGUCAGGCUCCGUGUUUGUGGUCAGGAGACUAUAUCGCAACUGCUCAAAAAGACUAGAACGUCUAUUUACGGUGCACUCGCACACUCCAAGGUUCCCUUUGAUGUUCUGUUGGAGGAGCUCAAAGUUCCACGCUCCUCCACAUCCAGUCCGUUGUUCCAAGUACUACUGAACUACACCCUCGGCAUUCGUGGACCAUCCACAUUUGCGUCCUGCGCCAUGGAUAUGGUUGAAGUUGAGGACGCGAAAACCGGGUGUGACCUCGUUGUCAGUAUUGUUGAGACUGCGGGCCAGGAUACCGCGCUCUCCUUUACGAUGCCACCUUCUCUGUAUCUGGACCAGGAUUGUGGCCGUCUGCUUGACAUAUAUGUUGAGCUAGUGGAUCAGCUGUCACAGCUUCCCGACAGUAUUGUCAGCGAGGUAAAUUUGCACUCCCAGUUAGAUCCAUCGCUAGUCUCAGAAAUCGGCAGUGGUCCGGUGGUCGAAGCGUGGGAAGGUUGGGAGACUACAGUUUCCCAGCAGGUAGAUGUGGCAAUCAAAAGAUAUCCUGACAAUUUUGCUAUUAAAAUUGGCUUCACAGACACGGAGAUUACCUAUGGUACGCUCAAUAAACUAAUUGGCCGAGCCGCGAGGGCGCUGAAGGAUCUCAACGUUGAAGAUGCUUCUAAGGUGGCCAUUCUGAGUGAACCUUCAGUGAACAUGAUCGUCUUCAUCCUCGCCAUCCUCCGUGUUGGUGCUGCGUACGUUCCUCUAGACUCUCGAAAUCCCCACGAACGUCUGUCUUCGAUCAUUGGUGACUCGUCGCCUUGUGUUCUGCUCACCGACAGCAAAAUGGUCGAACGCGCCUCCGUCCUGGGCGAGGGGCAUACCAUGCCCGUAAGACAGAUGGAGAUUUUACUCACAGCAGACUCUCCACAUGGUCUGUACGAGGAAAAUGAAUCUCAUGCAGACAAGCCGGCCUUUGUUCUCUACACCAGUGGUUCAACAGGUACUCCGAAGGGGGUUCUACUGGAUCAUCGCAACUGGGUCAACCAGUUUGCCGCGGUAACUCACCAUUAUGGACUUUCGCAGGAGAGAGUCUUGCAGCAGAGCUCCCCGGGAUUUGACAUGGCUAUUGAGCAGAUUUUUAUUGCUCUUUGUAAUGGCGGCACCGUUGUCGUGGCCCCCAGCUCGAUUCGAGGAGACGCGCUGGGGCUCGCCCAGCUUAUCAUGGACGAGCGUAUCACUUACACGAUGGCGGUGCCUUCUGAGUACUCGGCCAUAAUUCAGCACGGUUAUGACUGGCUACGACGCUGCAGCCACUGGAGAUACGCAUUCUCUGGCGGUGAAAAGGUGACUGAUCGCCUGCGGGACGAAUUCCAAUCCCUUCGCCUGUCACAGCUGCAGCUCAUCAAUGUAUACGGCCCAACAGAGAUCACAGUUUCAUGCUGUCGCGGCGAUGUGCCUUUAGCCAUUGACAGUGGUCGCAAUGGUAACUACUGUCCAGUCGGGCGCACGAUGCCGAAUUAUCAAGUCCAUAUUGUUGGACCCGAUGGCAGGCCUCUCCCUGCCGGCUUCCCAGGCGAAAUUUACAUCAGUGGUCUUGCAGUUGGACGAGGCUACCUAAACCAACCCGAAUUGUCAGAUGCCAAAUUCCUCUCGAGUGCAACUCUCCCUGCCGGCUUGUCGGGUCUACCAGAGUCGCAUGUGGUCUACCGAACUGGAGACCGUGGACGACUCCUAAACGACAGCUCUUUGGUGUUUCUUGGAAGACUUGAAGGGGACAGCCAGGUUAAAAUACGCGGACAACGUGUUGAGCUGGAUGAGAUCGCACAUGCUGUGCUCCAAGCAUCUAAAGGAAAGGUCGCCAAUGUGCAACUCAGUGUACGUGGAGCUGGCACUGAUGCAUUCCUCGUGGCCUUUGCAGUCUUUUCCAAUGGCGCUCUAGAUGAGGGCACUGACCGAACUACUUAUUUGAAGCAGUUGCGCCAGAGGAUCCCUCUGCCCAGAUAUAUGUGGCCCUCAAUCAUCGUUUCGAUAAACGAAGUACCACUUAGCGUCAACGGGAAGGUUGAUAGAAAAGCCCUCGAUGCAAUUCUGCUACCUGACUCAAUCCCUGAUGAACAGGCCUUGGUGAAUCUCGACGAGAAUGAGACGACACUGCUUAGAAUGUGGCAGGAGGUCCUUCCAGAAACAGCGUCAAAGGGUCUUAUGAUCACCAAAGACACUGAUUUCUUCGAGGCUGGCGGCAACUCGCUCUCUCUGGUACGACUGCAGGUAGUAUUUAGAGAGCAGCUCGAAGUCAACAUUCCCCUGGUGGAGUUGGUUGAAUCCUGCUCUCUUGAAGCGAUGGCUCGGCGACUCUGGUCAAAUCAUUUGAUUUCUUCCAGUCAUUUUGUAUGGGAAGAUGAGGCCAGUGUGCCGGAAUCAGAGCAUGAUUCUGAGUACACUAAACUUGAAGUUGAAUCUUCUCGUAUGACUGGAAAUUCCGGGAAGAUCGUGAUCCUCACUGGUGCUUCUGGAUUCCUUGGAAAACACGUUCUCCAGGGCCUCGUUACAUCCUCUGCCGUUUCCGAGGUGCACUGCAUUGCCGUUCGCUCCCAAGAGUCCACACAGAAGUUGAUAUCCAUUGGGUCUCCCAAGAUCAUCAUUCAUACCGGAGACCUGACUCGCCCCCGUCUGGGGCUCGAUAUCCCAACGGCUCGGUCACUUGCAUCAAGAGCAAACAUCAUCGUCCACAAUGGUGCCGAUGUCUCAUUCCUGAAAUCUUACAGCUCUCUGAAAAAGGCCAAUGUGGGUUCAACCGCAGAACUUGUGCGCCUCGCCAAACCACGCCGCAUCCCCAUCCAUUUCGUCUCGUCGGCCGGUGUCGCAGGGUUCGUUCCGCGCGAUGAGCUGCCUCUUCGUGAGUUGAGUGUAGCUGCCUAUCCACCACCUCAAGAUUCAAGUGCACACGGUUAUCAGGUCGCAAAGUGGGUGAGUGAACGCCUUCUUGAAAAAGCAAAUGAACGGUACAAUCUUGAUAUUGUCCUGCAUCGACCAACGGGGAUUGUGGGAGAGGAGGCUCCCAACGUCGAUAUUCUUGGAAAUCUCCUUAGCUACUCAAGGAAAGUAGAUUUUGCACCGGACAUGGAUGGCUGGGAUGGCUAUCUAGAUCUCGUCGAUGUGGAAACGGUGGCGCAACGAAUUGUUUCUCUAAGUCUGUCUGACUCCGACGCAGGAGCAGUUAGUGUGGUUCACACUUGUAGUGCAGAUGCCUUUCCAGUUCAUGAAUUGGGAGAAUACCUGGGAAAGUCACAGGGCAGGCCGUUGAACAAAUUGCCCAUGGCCGAGUGGACUGCGUUGGCCAUGGAAGCGGGGAUGAACAAGAUGGUAGGGAUGUAUUUGCAGGAGGUGAGCUCCAAGCGCAUGGGAUGGUAUCCGCGGGUGGUUUCGGACUCUGUCAACUAG